GCCUGUUCGUGGCCGAGGCCUCGCGCAGGAUCUGGGACCCCAUCCAGCCGGGAGCGGCACCCCUGCCCGACAGCGCGGUCGGCCCCACCGACUCCGUGACCUUGCAGCCCGGGGACGUACUCUACCUGCCCAGCCGGCUGCCCCAUCGCGCGGAGCCCUGUGGCGGCGACCCCUCCCUUCACCUGACCCUCGGGCUGGAGCAGCAGGGCAUGACGUGGGCGUCCGUGCUGAGCCUGAUGUGCCGCCACGUGGCGUUCGGCCAGGCGCCCGAGCUGGCCGGGGACCGGCCACCCGCUGGCGCGGGCGCCCUGGACGAGGUCUUGCUGGAGGAGAGGCGACGCGCGUGGAGGGCAUGGGGCACGCGAGGCUGCCGGUGCUGCCCGACGCGCACGGCGCGGGCGCCGCCACUGAGCCUUUCGGCGGGUAUCUGCCGGCGGUGCUGCAGCACGCCGCCGCCGUGCCGGGGGACCUGCCCCCCGGGCUGGUCACCGAUCGGCGCGCUGAGCGCGCGGGCCUCGCGGCUGCUGGGGCACGUGCAGGCGCCUCGCCUCGCCUCGCGCGCGCCUCGCGCUCCGCCGCGCCUCGCUCGCAGACGUCCGGCGACGUGAU